GCAACUCUCUACAUCCGUCAUCCCACCUGGGGGAGUGCCAACCUGCAUAACCUACCCUGCUGCAGCUGAGGGAUUAACAGCUGAUUUUGAGUUGAAGUCUGGGUUGCUUCAUCGUCUUCCUACAUUCCAUGGACUCCCUAUGGAAGAUCCCAACAACCAAUUGAUGGAAUUUCAGUUCAUCUGCACUAGCAUGAAGCCUCAAGGAGCUGAUGAGCAUAUUUUGAAGUUGAAGGCCUUCCCAUUUUCGUUGGCUGACAAGGCAAAGCAGUGGCUUUAUGAGUUGCCUAGUGGACGAAUUACUUCUUGGGGAGACAUGAUGAAGGCGUUUCUUGAGAAGUAUUUUCCUACAUCUCGCAUCAUCAUGUUAAGGAAAAAGAUAAGUGGCAUCCAACAAGGGCAGGAUGAGUCCUACGCAGAAUACUAUGAAAGGUUCAAGUCUCUCAUCACUCAAUGCCCUCAACAUGGCAUGAAGGAGGAGACCUUGCUCACUUGCUUUUAUGAUGGUCUCACACCAUUGGAAAGAGAUAUGCUAGAUGCAGCUUCUGGUGGAUCUUUUGUUGACAAGGAGCCUGCGGCUGGAAUGAUCCUUAUUGAGAAUAGGGCCUUGAAUCAACAACAAUUUGGAAGCUCUAGGCCCAAAUCCACCACCACACGUGAAAGGGUCCAUGAGGUCAAACUAAUCAUGGGAACCAAAUCAACGCCAUAUCCACAGAUGUAGCUGAGAUGAAGAAGCAAAUGAGUCAAGUGGUGGAGUUCAUGGGUAAGUUUCAUGAGCAAGGUAAGUUACCAAGUGGCACCAUCCCAAAUCCUCACUUUGAGCAAGCCAAAGUCGUGACUACAAGGAGUGGUAAGACCCUUGUAGACCUUC